GUUCCUCGCGGCGUUAAAGUGUUCUCGCGAGAUUUCGGGAGCACUAGUAGCUGAGUGGUGAGCAACGCCUUCCUUUUCUUCCGCAAGGCUGUGGAGGUACUAGCUGUUAACGUUUGUUCAGAGAAACCACAUCAUGUUUGACGAAUUGUCAGAAAUCUUAAGUAAUACGUGACGAAUAAAACAGUUUGGAGAGGGACGUGGGAUACAUAACAGGAAUGGAUUCUCUGAACCCUAUAAUGGCGUCUGAUUCAGCUAUGGAAAUUGAAAAUCACAGUGAUGAUUCUUCAUCUGGUAGCAGCUUAUUUAAAACUCAGUGUGUCCCUUCCUCACCUAAACGGAGGCAAAGAAACACUAUUAGGAAAUUUGUUUAUUCACCUGAACGUGUACAAGCAAGGGAUUCAUCUAGUGACUCAUCUUUAGAACCAAGACCAUUGACUUUAAAAGCUAUUUUUGAAAGAUUCAAAAAAAAGAAACGUAAAAAGAAGAAAUACAAGCCAACAGGAAGACCAAGGGGAAGACCAAAAGGAAGAAAAAACACUAGACGCUCCCAAAUAAAUAAGAAACAAGUGAGAGAUAAAGGAUCUGGGUUCCCAUUUUUGGAAUCUGAGAAUGGAAGAAAACCAUUACCUUGGAGGAAGAUUUUAACCUUUGAGCAAGCAGUGGCAAGAGGAUUUUUCAACUACCUUGAAAAACUGAAGUAUGAAUACUACCUCAAGGAAUCCUUGAAACAAAUGAAUGUUGGUGAAGAUUUAGAAAAAGAAGAUUUUGACAGUCGUAGAUACAAAUACUUGGAUGAUGAUGGAUCUCUCUCUCCUAUUGAAUCAGAGGCAGAGGAUGAGGUUGCAACAAAUCUUGAACAUGAUGACGAAUGUGAUAUCAAAUUGGUGGACUAUAAUUGUUUCAUAGUAAGUUCUGAAGUACGAAAGAAGACGAAUGUGUAUUUAGAACAAGAGGAAUAUACUGAAGAAGCGGCUUUGUCUAAAAAGAGCAUCAAGGUCCAAAAACAUUUGACAGGAUCGAAUGGCCUGAAAAAGGAGAUAGGAAUAUGAAUGUUAAGGAUUUUCACUUGAGAGCACAAUCUGGACUUUUAGGGGUGAACAUGAUUUGAAAUCAUUCACAUUUAGAGGGUGUUUGAAAUUAAGAACCAGAUAGAUCCAUCUACUCUGAUCCUAAACACGGCCCUAAAGUUAAAAAACAAAAACAGAUCUCCGAGAUUACAGGACUGAUGGAGACAACUGUGGAUUGAACAAAAGCUCUUUUUAAAAGGUAUGUACACAUUUGAAAACUUCAUAGGUCAUUUCAAAGAGGGCUUGUGGGGCUAAAACCAAGAGCCCUUAACGCUGUGACCAGAUAUUAAAGUUCUCCAUAGGAUAUAGUAGUUACUCAGUGUUGCUAUGUUUUCCUGAGGAGAUACAAGAUGUAGCUGAUUGUCCAUGUGGGAAAGAAGAAAUAUCUUCUCAAUCUAACUAGUAUAUAUUCUUGUUCUCAGGGCUGCUAUUCUGAAGAUUGUGAUUCUGACUCGGAGGAACCAUGGUGAUUGUGGAAGGAAUCACAUGUUAAAAUUCUUAAAUAAAAAUUUAUUGAUUUUAAUAACUU